UCCAUAUUCAGUGUGGCCCAGAAAGCUUGGCUCCCACGCGACCCCCAUAUGGCCAUAUAUAAACCCACCCCGAUUCUGCAGCGCCCAUAAGCAAAUUUCAGAAGCACAAAAAUGCAGUCACUGCAGGAGAAGGCGUCGGAGUGGAGUGGGGUGAAUCAAAAUGAUGCUUUUGCCAUUGAUCAAACCAAUCUCUACCAGAAAUUGGGCCUUCAGACCUUCAUAAACCUCUCAACCAAUUUCUACAACAGAGUUUAUGAUGAUGAAGAAGAAUGGUUUCGAUCAAUUUUUGCGAAUUCUAGAAAGGAAGAUGCUAUUCAAAAUCAAUAUGAGUUCUUCGUUCAACGAAUGGGUGGGCCUCCUCUGUACUCCCAAAGAAGAGGACACCCCGCAUUGAUUGCACGCCAUCGUCCAUUCCCCAUCACCCAUCAAGCUGCAGAGAGGUGGUUGCAUCACAUGGAACAAGCAUUGGACAACACUACAGACAUUGACUCAGACUCCAAAAUUAAAAUGAUGAACUUUUUUAGGCACACUGCAUUCUUUCUAGUAGCGGGAGAUGAGCUGAAGAACAAAAAACAGAGCAUGGCUUGUAAGCAUGCAACCAGCAAACCAGCUGCAGUGUAAAGUCCUAACACAAUUAGCUCAUUCGAUUCAUGGGGGCAAACAACAAUAAUUGGUAAUGAACUUAUGGAUACUGUGUAGGAGGGAAGUGUCCCAAGGUUUUAGAGGCAUUUAGUUAUGAGAAUAAUUAGAAAUGAAAAUAAUUCGAAAUGAACUCUAAGUUUAUAUAUUAGCAUUGUGAUGCCGUCUCUUCAUUGUUCA